UCAGUACCCACGCUUCUGAUUGGCCGAAUAAAGGCGGUAUUGAGCCUCCAUUCUACCGCCUUUAUUUUCUGCCAGACGAAAAAGAAAUCCGCCGCAAAAGACGAAAAUGAAGUUUCGACUAUCCGAUCGAAAUUUUUGGUCAUUCUUCGAGGAGGAGCCCAGGACUUUGUAGAAUCAUUCGCCACCAUGCCUAAGACACUUCAAAAGGUUCAUAAGCAUAUCGCCAAGAAGCGAGGCGCUGUCGAGGCUCUUCAUGAAUUCAGCAGAGAUGCGAGGAGACUGCGCCGAGCCAAUGCCAGAGACGAUCGAGUCGCUCGUGUCUCGGCCAAUAUGUCGCGGGGAAGACAGACAUACGUGGACCGGAUCGCAUAUUUCUACGAGGCCAUUCCGGAAGGCUCCCAACCCAUGUCAGAGGAGGAAAUGAAGGAUGUCGUCGUCAGGUAUAUCAACCGCAGCGUGCCCGAGAUCGAACAACUACAGAGCGAGAGACGGAAGGGCCGGCCGCCGAGCAAGAGGGAAGAAGCCCUGUUGCAGCGGACAGACGUUGAGAAUCGGGAGUUUAAGACGGGAUUCUGGAUGCCCGACUUUAGUGACGAGGGUGUGCUCAAGGCACUUGCGUCGUGGAACGGCGACUGGUCUGGACUCAGUACGAUGAAGUUUAUCCGGAUCACCAAGGAGGGAUCGAAACAACCUUCAGCAUUUCCUCCCAAGGGCAUGUCCUAAGGCUUCUUUUUGCACUUUCAUUAUGGGAUCAGUAUGCGCGGAGAUUCAUGGCAUAACGGCGUUAUGAUUGCACAUAGAUAUCUUCAAAAGUGUUUGUCGAAUGUUUUCUGUAGCUAGUUAAUAUCCACGAAUACCUAUUGGUUCAAUCCAAGGCUUUCU